CAACAACAUUCACUGCACAUAUCAUGAUCCCCGGAAUUUGACACCUGGAUCAUCUUGAAUAGAGUAUCUCCGCCCAUUUUCAUCAUGAUCGGUGCCGCGCGGCGCUGGUUCCGGCGCAAUCGCAAAGGUCUUGCGAUCGGGGCUGGUGUGCUGGGUGCUGGCUACCUGGCUGGGCAAUAUGUGUUGUCUAAGAUCUCCGAAGCCCGUGAGCGAAUGAGCAGUGAGCGAAUUGCCCGUGAGAAUUUGCGGCGACGAUUCGAGCAGAACCAGACCGAUUGUACCUAUACCGUCCUUGCAUUGCUUCCCACUGCCACGGAAAAUAUUAUCGAAGCCCUCCCUGUUGAGGAGUUGACGAAGGAACUUCAGAAGAAGCGGGCGGAGAGGUUGGCCCGGUUGAAUGCUGGGGAGACAGCUGGCUCGGACAUGACUUCAGUGUCACCCAGUAUGACCGAGGAUGACCGGAAGAGUCUAUCCAGCUUCCAGAGUGAAGGAUAUCUCCACACCAGCCAGCUGGGCGAGUCGGUGAACCCGGAAGCCCUGGCCCCGCCGAAACGGAACAAGACGCAGUUGUGGAACGAGGUGAAGAUCACCUCUAUCACACGCUCGUUCACCCUCAUCUAUACCCUUUCGCUGCUCACCAUCUUCACCCGCAUCCAACUCAAUCUCCUCGGCCGCCGUAACUACCUCUCCAGCGUCAUCUCGCUGGCUAAUCCCCCAGCCGACUCGACGAUCAGCCUAGAGGAUCACGACGACGAGCUGACUCAAACACUGGGCGAUGACUUUGAGACAAACAGGCGAUACCUGGCUUUCAGCUGGUGGCUAUUGCACCGAGGCUGGAAGGAGCUGGUAGCACGUGUUCAACCCGCUGUGGAGGAGGUCUUCGGUCCUCUUAACCCUCGCGAAGAUAUCAGUUUGGCCAAAUUGUCGGAGUUGACCCUCCAGAUUCGGAGGAAGGUCGAAGGAAACACCGAAGAGGAGCGACGUACCAAGAAGUGGUUGUCUUGCUUGCUUCCCCCAACGGAGGAGGAGGAAUACGUUCUACGUGAAUCGGGCGUCGAGGGAGUUGCAGACCCAUCUUCCUCGCAGACUGCCUCCAAGCUGCGCCACCUUCUCGAUGAGACAGCUGAUCUUAUCGACUCGCCUUCAUUCUCCUUCGUCCUUACCCUCCUUAACAAUGAAGGAUUCUCCACCCUCGUAGACACCAAAUCUGCCAACGAGGCCUUCCAGACCUCCGGCUCGGCUACCACGACAGUGCCGCAGUCAUUCGACUCCAUGGCCACUGUUGUCCCCGCCUCAACUGAGCGAAAGACCAAGCUUGCCAACCUUUUGGCUGUUUUGGCUCGUCAGGCCCAUGUAAUUGGAAAUGGUACCCACCCUCCUAACGAGUAUCUGGUUGCCAUGGACCAGAAUGUUCGUGAACUGGAGGCCUUCUCGGCUGUGAUUUAUAGCUCGAACUUUGAGCUUGAGCUCCUUGGUGCUAGCAAGACUGCCGCAGCUGAAGUUGGCGAUUCAGCUGAGUUUGAGCCCGUUUCGGCGUCAUUCGCCGAUGUGAUGGUCGAGAAGGAGCCAGAGACUCCUAGUGAGGACAUCGCCCAGAGCGUACCCGUCCUCGUUGACAACGAUGUGCAAGAACUCGAGACUGUCUCUCCUGUCGAGCAGUCGGCAUCGGAGGCCGUCACAGACUCUGCAUUCGAGCAGGCGUGGGGCAAGGCCGUUGAAGAUGGAAAGAGCCCUUCGGAGACCGAGGAACAGGCCACUUCUUAGUGGCCCCUGCUCUAUUUCAUUUCUUGCCGAUACCCUUUCAAUAAUUUGCAUCGAUCUUGAUAUCAUCUACGGGCGCUGUUUCUGUCUGGAUGUUAGACUAGGUGCUAAUGAUUACAUGUCUAUAUCAUAUCGCUAGAUCCAAUUCAAUUCUCCUGUCUUCGUAAUCAA